GGCUCUUGUUAUCGUCGGGGGGGAGUUGAGGAGUUUUUCAACGUUGUUGAUGCUUCUUGUUCUUCAAGACGAGUAUAUAAAGCCCUAGUUUCACUUUCUAGGGUUUCCAAGAUUUGGAUGUCUCCGGCGGCCGGAGAAGGGUGAGGCGGCGGUGGCGGAGGAGAUGGCGUACCAGAUGCAGCCGCAUGAGAUGGGGUUGGCUCACUAUGAUCAGCAUUUGGAGGAAGAGGCGGCUGGGAAACCCUCGGCGUCGGAGCCGCCGACUUGGUUGAACAGUGCGAUUCUGAGGCAGCAAGGAGCGCAUCAGUAUGUUGAUGGGAGUUUUCUUCAUCUGCAGACGACGUCGGAGUCGUCGGCUUCGCCGACGGGAGCGGCUGGGGCGGGGGCGGCGGGUGGGUGGAUGCCGAGGGUGGGGAUGGUGAAUCGGAGCGCGAGUGAUGAUGAGGUGCCGGUUUCGAGUGGUUCGAUUAUUCCUGCGGCGAUCUCGCAUGGGGCUGCUGGAGCUGGGGAGUUGGGUGGGGGUGGAAGUCAAGGUGAAGGGACGAUGGGGGUUGGAGGUGAUGGUGGAGGGGGAGAUGGUGGGUGGCAGAGUGCGAAGUAUAAGGCUGAGAUACUGGCGCACCCGCUGUAUGAGCAGCUGCUGUCGGCGCAUGUGGCGUGCUUGAGAAUCGCGACACCUGUGGAUCAGCUCCCUAGGAUCGAUGCGCAGCUGGCCCAGUCGCAGCAUGUUGUCGCCAAGUAUUCGGUUCUUGGUGGCGGUGCUGGCUCUCAAAUGCUUGGUGAUGACAAGGAGCUUGAUCAAUUCAUGACACACUAUGUCCUGUUACUGUGUUCUUUUAAGGAACAACUUCAACAACAUGUUCGUGUUCACGCAAUGGAAGCAGUGAUGGCCUGCUGGGAACUUGAACAAUCAUUACAAAGCCUGACAGGUGUCUCUCCUGGUGAAGGCACUGGCGCGACUAUGUCUGACGAUGAUGAUGACCAGGCAGAUAGUGAAACAAACUUAUUUGAUGGAGGCUUGGAUGGAACGGAUACUAUGGGUUUCGGUCCUCUUGUUCCAACAGAGAGUGAGCGUUCAUUGAUGGAGCGUGUCAGGCAAGAACUGAAACAUGAAUUGAAACAUGGCUACAAGGAGAAGAUAGUGGACAUUCGGGAAGAAAUCCUACGCAAACGGAGAGCUGGUAAACUCCCUGGAGAUACCACUUCAACUUUAAAGUCAUGGUGGCAGUCCCACUCUAAGUGGCCUUAUCCAACGGAGGAUGACAAGGCAAGGCUGGUGCAAGAAACAGGACUGCAACUGAAACAGAUAAAUAACUGGUUCAUAAACCAGAGGAAAAGGAACUGGCACAGCAAUCCAUCAUCAUCAACUGUGCUGAAAAGCAAGCGCAAAAGAAAGUAAUGCAGGUGAUGGGCUUUCCAAAUAAUCUGUAGAUGAUUACUACGGGCCCGAAACGGAACUUGAAAACAGUAAAAGCCUGUGUUUGGAUACAUACAAACACAUUAAUCAAUCUCAAAGAAGGUACGCACCGGAAUAUACUGGAUUGUCUCUCUCUCUCUCUCUCUCUCUCUCUUUCUAUAUAUAUAGAUAAGCCCGUCAGGCAUGAUUGCUGUUUAUAAAGUUAGCUGAUUAGUAGCAAGUGAUGAAGCAAUAGUUCUGCAAAUGCCCAAACUAGCACCAUCCUGCUUUCUCUCUCUCUCUCUCUCUCUCUCUAUAUAUAUAUAUAUAUAUAUACAGGUGAAUAAGUAGUUGUGUAUUUUAAGUCUGAAUUGUUAGUUUUUGGUUUUGUUUUUUUGUUUGA